CACUAAAAGUAAGGGAACAACACACGACGUGAUAACAUGGUGUGAACUUUGGCCAGUUAUUUUUGUAAAUAGAUCGAUCAGGGACGAUUAAUAGACACUCCAGAAGUUGCGGCACGGUAGAUCAAUUGUUGUUCGUCUGUUGGAAGCGGAAUCGGCUUCGAAAUGAGUGUGGACACGUACGGGCCGAGCUCGCAAACGCUCACCUUCUUGGAUACCGACGAAGGCGCCGAUCUGUUGGGGGCAGACACGCAGGGUUCAGAGUUUGAUUUUAAGGACUUCACGAUGCCCUCGCAGAGUCAGACUCAGGCGUCCCAACUCGACCUGGGACACCACCCGAUAUUGCCUGGACAGGUCAAUGGGUUAAUUUUGGAGAAUGGCUCGGAUCGGGAUAUUGUUGCGGUCACUAACGCGGUGGGUGAACUCCAAUUCGAAGAAGAGGAUGAGGAAGCGUACUACAACAGGGACCUUCCUGAAUUUGCCUGCCGUUACUGCUGCAUUCACGACCCAGGGUGCGUGGUGAUGUGCAACAUUUGCAAAAAGUGGUUCUGCAAUGGCCGUGGUAACACUUCCGGCUCGCACAUCGUAAACCACUUGGUCAGGGCCAAACACAAAGAGGUGACCCUGCACAAGGACGGGCCCCUCGGAGAGACCGUGCUCGAGUGCUACUCGUGCGGCGUGCGAAAUGUUUUCGUUCUUGGGUUCAUUCCAGCCAAAGCUGAUUCGGUUGUGGUUCUGCUCUGUCGCCAGCCGUGUGCUGCCCAGAACUCACUCAAGGACAUGAACUGGGACCAGGAGCAGUGGAAGCCAUUGAUUGCGGACAGGUGCUUUUUAUCUUGGCUGGUCAAGAAUCCAAGCGAACGAGACCAGACGAGGGCUAGGCAAAUCACUGCCCAGCAGAUAAACAAACUCGAGGAGUUGUGGAAGGAAAACAGCGAAGCCACUUACCAGGACUUGGAAAAGCCUGGAGUGGACGAGGAUCCUCAGCAAGUGUUGUUGAGGUAUGAGGACGGAUACCAGUACCAAAACAUCUUCGGACCGUUGGUGAAGCUCGAGGCGGACUAUGAUAAACGGCUCAAGGAGUCGCAAACACAGGACAACAUCGAGGUCCGCUGGGAUGUCGGUCUCAACAAGAAAACCAUAGCGUAUUUUACCCUCGCAAAGACUGAUGGCGACAUGAAGUUGAUGCACGGAGAUGAGCUGCGCCUCCGGUAUUUGGGAGAGCUCCACAAGCCUUGGUCAGGGGUUGGACACGUGAUUAAAAUUCCCGACAACUUUGGAGAGGAGGUUGGUAUUGAGCUGAAGAGCAGCAGCGGUGCUCCUACUGACUGCGUGUCAAACUUUGUCGUCGAUUUCAUCUGGAAGUCCACUUCCUUUGACAGAAUGCAACAAGCUCUGCGGAAAUUCGCUGUCGAUGAACACUCGGUUUCCAGCUACAUUUACCGUCGCCUCUUAGGCCACGAGGUUGAGGAGAUAUUGUUCCGCUGCAACCUACCCAAGCAUUUCUCGGCCCCAAACCUGCCAGAUCUCAACAGGUCUCAGGUGUACGCAGUAAAGCAAGCACUGCAGCGUCCCUUGUCUCUGAUUCAGGGUCCUCCUGGAACAGGAAAGACCGUCACCUCUGCGUCCAUAGUUUAUCACCUGGUCAAGCAGAGCGGAGGCUCUGUUCUCGUCUGUGCUCCGUCGAACACUGCUGUUGACCAGCUGACGGAAAAAAUCCAUCUCACGGGACUUAAAGUCGUCCGUCUCUGCGCCAAGUCGAGGGAAGCGAUUGACUCGCCGGUUUCUUUCCUCGCUCUACACAAUCAAAUCCGAAACAUGGACAGUAACACCGAGUUGCAGAAAUUGCAGCAGUUAAAGGACGAGACAGGAGAACUCUCAUCAGUGGACGAAAAACGCUACCGUAUGCUGAAAAAGAGCGCCGAGCGAGAGCUGCUGGAGGCGGCCGACGUGAUUUGCUGCACGUGCGUGGGUGCUGGUGACCCCCGACUGCUGCGCCAGAAAUUCCAAUCAAUCCUGAUCGACGAGAGCAUGCAGGCGACUGAGCCUGAGUGCAUGGUGCCUGUCGUGCUGGGAGCCAAACAGCUGAUCCUGGUCGGCGAUCACUGCCAGUUGGGGCCGGUGGUCAUGUGCAAGAAGGCCGCCAGGGCCGGUCUCUCCCAGUCGCUCUUUGAACGACUCGUUGUGCUGGGAAUCAAACCGUUCCGACUUGAGGUGCAGUACCGCAUGCACCCUGAGCUAUCCAAAUUCCCGUCAAACUUUUUCUACGAGGGCUCUCUGCAAAAUGGAGUGAGCGAUGAUGACAGAAGGCUGAAAGGCAUCGAUUUUCCUUGGCCGCAACCAGACAAGCCAAUGUUCUUCUACGUAACUCAGGGCCAGGAGGAAAUCGCUGGAUCCGGAACGUCGUAUCUGAACAGGACUGAAGCAUCAAACGUUGAAAAAAUCACCACACGAUUCCUGAAAGCUGGUAUGAAGCCAGAGCAAAUCGGAAUCAUCACUCCCUACGAAGGCCAACGUGCUUACCUGGUUCAGUACAUGCAGUAUCAAGGCUCUCUCCAUGCCAAGUUAUACCAAGAAAUAGAAGUGGCCAGCGUGGACGCCUUCCAGGGCCGAGAAAAAGAUUUGAUCAUAAUGUCAUGCGUCCGCUCCAACGAGCACCAGGGUAUCGGAUUCCUUAACGACCCACGCCGACUGAACGUCGCUCUCACUCGCUCUAAAUACGGCAACAUCAUCGUGGGCAAUCCCAAAAUUCUCUCUAAGCAACCGUUGUGGAAUAACCUCCUCAACUUCUACAAAGAAAACAAGGUGCUGGUCGAAGGGCCACUCAACAACCUGAAAGAAUCGCUGAUCCAGUUCGCCAAACCAAAGAAGCUGGUCAACUCUGCCAAUCCUGGCACACAUUUCAUGCUGACCACCAUGUACGACGCGCGGGAGGCUAUGGUUGCCGGCAGUAUUUACGACAGAAGCGGUGGUGGACACAUGAACGGAAUGGCUGGACCCUCGACUUACUACAGACCUAAUCACUGUUUGUGGCCUGGUGCUCAAAUGGACCCGUAUAACCGAACCCACGAUUCCAUCAGUUACAUUUCUCCGGAGAGGGCGCAGGCUGCGAUGAACAACAUGCCAGUGCCAGUCGGCAUGUUUAUGAACAUGAAUCACGUCCCUCCAAGAUUCUACAAUCAACACCAACAGUCCAUGCAGAACAUGCGCGGACGAGGCGCGGGCCGUGGCGGAAACUCCAGAGGUGCCAGAGGAGGAAAACCCGGCCGUGGAAUCCUCCGCACCGGCGGCCAGAGCUUUAACAGCCAGGAUGCGUCCCAACCGUACAGCCAAAACGUGCCACUCACACAAGGAAUGUCACAGGGAAUGUCGCAGCCAGGUUUCAGUCUGUCUCAGGCUGGACUGUCGCAGCCGGAAUUCUCUCAGGACAGCAGCUACAUGAUGGGAGGUGACUACCACUCGCAGGUCGACGGACUGCUGUCCCAGGACUCGACGUACCAGGGCGACCGGUCGGCCUUCUACUCUGGCGCAUCUCAGGGCGGCCACUUCUCACAGCCGUACUGAACGCAAACGGAGGAUCACACACCUAAAUUCGCAAAUCCCAGGCUCGCGUCGCGACUGAGCAAGGUUGAGUUACGAGAAAUGAGCUGCUGCACAGAAACACACACACAAAGUUGUGAAGUUGAAGGAGGAGAAAAGGCCCUAGAAGUGGAUUUACAGAUUGACUCGUGGACUCUCGUCCCUGCCGAGGAGUCGAUUAUUCCAGUCACAUGGUGCCGCUGAGAUUGCGACCAGACUGGGAUGGGGGAUUUUAGACGGAGGCAGCGGACAGAGCAUCCUGGAUCUGAGGCAGCGAUCGUUCAGUACCAACCGCUUUGGUCUUGAAUCAAAAUAUCACAUGGAGUAAUGAAAGCACCGCAACAAAUGGAGAAGAAGACGACAACUAACAUAAUUAACCAUCACCACCACCACCACUACCGCCGCAACCACCAGCAACAUAGUAAUCAACAAUGCAACAGAGUUAACUCAAAGCAAUCAAUAAUAUUUUCAGUUUAGACGUAGAGUUUGCUAAUCAAUCCACUGAGAAGCGUUUAUGUCUUUUAUUGUUAGUCGGGGUCACAUUUUUUUAAGUCUCUCAUCUUAGGAAGAUCAAUUUGUGUUGAGGGGCAUAUCAAGUAUUCGGUCCAUUUGGCACAGAUUAUGUGGGCGAUCAUUUGACUUUCGGUUUUUGAAGCACCGCUCUGUAAUAACUUUUUAUGCUCCUCAAACUGGCAAAAAUGUACUUUUUUUCUGUACUCCUUUUUUCAGUUUCAGUAGGGAAAAAUAAAAUUAUUUUUGCGAUUGGGUA